AUGAAAAUGGACAAAGGUGUAUUACGACUACAUCAGCCAUCUGAAUAUAAAUAUCGUGUUUCUGGUCAUAACAAGAUGAUCAAGCUGCCCAAUGGAAAAAUUGCGAAGCAAGCAACCGAAAAGGAGCGGUCAUGUUAUGAACAAAUUAUGAGAUCGAAUUCGGAUCUUGCUCGUUUUAGUGCUUCCUAUUUUGGCCUCCAACCUAUAGAAGUUUCGUUUUCGAAUUGGAGGUUCUGGUCGUCGUCGUUUUUGUUUACGUACGAGGGCGAAGGGGAAACGCGAGCGGACGUUCAUCUGAUCGAUUUUGGGAAUUGUAACUUCUCGGAUUGCUAUGAUACGCCGGAUGAAGGAUGUAUUUUGGCGCUUAGCAAUAUGAUUGCGUAUAUUCGACUUAUACGGAAUGGAGCUGUGGGGCUGUCAGAGAUAAGGCGGUUUGAGGCCAGUUUGUGAUUUUUUGUAUUCUAGUUUU